AAAUAUGGCAAGUUUUUUAAAUGAGACCGUAGCAGAAACGUACUGAUUCUGGUAACAUUCGUUUAAAAUGUCACCACGUCUUAAAAUAUCAAAUUAUGUUAUUGAGAGGCUGUCUAAUAUAGACACAAAUGAAAGUACAGGAUGUCUGUACGGCCUCAUGUACGAUGGCACUUUGCUCGUGGUUGGACUGAGCUUAGAAUUAUUUGAAAAUGAGAAGAACACCUACAGGCAGUUACUGCUAAACCUGCCGGCUGAGAUAGAACUAUGCGGCGUCGUAAGGUUUGGUGAAUCUUUCACAACGGGAACAACUAUGAAAGAAAUAUUGCAGGAUGUAGAUGUUACAGACAAUCCUUUAGUGAUGAUAGUCAAUGAAAAGAAAGAGAUGAAAGCUCAUUUUUUGGUCCAUGACAAGUUUGAAGAAACUAAGUAUGAAGUUCUCAGCUCUGAUGAUAUGUGGAAGCAGUUCCUUCAUGUGCGCCUGAACACAAUAUUGCCUCUGAGUUGUGAAGCUACAAUAUCAGGUGUCAAAAAUGUGUUGCAGAAUAAGAGGAAAAAGAUUGCUUCAGGACAAGUUUCAUUUCAUGUUGAUGGGACAUCAGUGUAUUUGUUUGGUGUAGCGUCAGAUGUAGGCUUGACAGGUACUAGCACAGAGGCCACUAUAGGAGAACUUGUGGAUUCUAUGAGCCCUGAACAGCCAAAGAAAAAGAAGCAUAAUACUAAUGUUAUUGAGAUAGUACCCAUAAAUCUGGUAUUGAAGACAACAAAGGAUAUUUUGUCUGAUAAACUCGUCAAGACUGCCGUAAAAAUGAUGACGACCCAAAGAAAACCUGCAUUUUGCAUUAGCAUGCCAUUGAGAAUAGACACACUAGCCAUGAUACACCGGAACACGAAACUUUUGGAACUGUACACUGUGCUUGUGGAGGCUGCUUGCAGGUCACUCAGAUUACUAGAAAGCGUGCUUUUAGAACAACUGGGUCAAGAAGGUAUUGGAGAUGGUGCAGGCUUACGUUUGCCAGAAUCUUUCCACUUCUUGCCACAAGAAUUAGGGCAUUUCGUAACGAGAGUUGUACCCAAAGGUAUACCAGAUGAAAGUAUGGAAAAAGAACGACGCUUGAUGCACGAACAGUUAGGUAUUGUUCAGACACGGCCAGUAUUUCGUCGAGGGAAUGCUUACUCUGACAAGAGUGGCGGGCGCUUAGUGAACCCUCACGAGGCGAUAACACCGCAGCCGCUGAAACCUGACGUUACUAUCGCACUGGUGCGAGGUCGAUACACCUACCAUCACUACAUGCAAGACAACUUCAAUGAUGAUGGAUGGGGCUGCGCCUAUCGCUCCAUGCAAACUAUAUUUUCAUGGUUUAGGUAUCAAGGAUACACAACAGUUGCCAUACCAUCUCACAGAGAUAUACAACAGUGCCUUGUUAACAUUGGUGAUAAGCAACCCUCGUUUUUAGGUUCAAAGCAAUGGAUAGGUUCUACUGAAGUUAUGUUUUGUCUAGAGACACUUUUAGGAGUGCAGUCAAGAAUUAUAUUCGCCAAUACUGGAGCUGAAUUACAAGGUUACGCCCACGACCUUGUGCAUCAUUUCCAGACACAUGGAAGUCCGAUUAUGAUUGGAGGUGGAGUGUUGGCACACACAAUUUUAGGGGUAGAGUACAACUCCGCCACAAACGACAUCCGCUACCUGAUCUUGGAUCCCCAUUACACAGGCCCAGAAGACUUGUCAACUGUCGUUAGUAAGGGCUGGUGCGGCUGGAAGAAUUCGGACUUCUGGAAUAAAACUGCUCACUACAAUCUUUGUCUGCCACAGACAAAACCUGCUAUUUAAGAAACUCAAUUUAACAACAUUUCAAAUUAAUGUUCGAACAUAAUUUUGCGUAAGUCUGUUUCACAUAUUUAGCUGCCAAUAAUUAGUACUGUCAAAGCUGUGAUAAAGGCUUCAAUAAGCCCUUAAAUUCCAUAAAAGUGCAUUUGUUUACAAGCCACCCAGGUUUAACUUGGAUAAAAAGAAAAAUUAUAUUAAUGUUGAUUCGAAAAGUGUCUAGCGAUAUCCCUUAGAGUGUAGACAUUAGCUCAAAACGCAGGCAGGCAUUAGGGAUACUGUGUUGGAAAUCGUAUGACUCAGAUACGGAAAUGAACGCCAACAAAGUAGUUCCUGCAGUCCUUUUCAAUAGAAAUUGGAUACAAUGUAAACGAGUGUAGAAUAUUUUUGUGUUAACACUCAUAAUAGUUUAAUGAUGAGUUCUUUUAUUUUACCUCACUUUUUUGCCUUAACGUAUGAUCUGCGUUUAUGUUUAAUAAGUUUGCACUUGAAUGCUGCGCUACACAUGUUUCCAAUACCUAUAAUUAUUAACUUCAAACACGAUCAACAAAACUGCUGUAGAUAAUAUUAUGAAAUAUAUGCUACAUUGGGUACAACCUACAUAGCAUACAAAUUCUAUUGAGGAGGACCCUGAAAGCUUUCGUGCUCAUGAACUACUAUUCAUUUUGAAAAAUUAUUCUUAUUCAGCAUGUCUUAAUUUAUUUAUUGUUAACAUUAUUUAACUUUAUUCCUAUUAUUAUUUUAUUAAUUGCUUAUAAAAUUUCAGCUGCACAUGCAAAUUAAAAUGAAUGACUAAUAUAAGCUCAACCUAUUCUGAAAGAAUGUGAUUACUUGAUCAAAAGUUUAUAUAUAGGUUUAGGUUACAAUUAGCAUGUUUUUAUACUCGUUAAAAUUAUUAUUUUUGGAUGGUUAGUUAGUUUGCCUCUUAUGAUUAGCUAGUAUAAUCUAACAACUCUAAAACACACCAAUUGUUAAUUAUGUGCACUGCAUUGAAUUUGAAUGAUUGUUUUAUACUCCCUACCAUUGUGAGCCUUUAAUUUGCUGUCAAUUUAUUAUUGUGACAAAAUAUCAAGCAUGUAAGUUAAAUGGAAUUGUUAUAUUUUAUACUAAAUAAAGUAUGAAUGAA